CACAGGCAGGAGCGAGAGGCCCCUGUAGUCGCUGGCACUGGGAGCAUUGCAGCAUCAACGGUAACGAUGACCCCCUUGUUUCUGCUGUGUGUGUCCUUACCACUCAUCUGGGCAACAAUAUCUUCUGAAGACCAUGAUAAUGUUGAAAGCACAUUACAUGUCAGCAUCCCUGUGGAGAUGCCUCUUCGUCCUCUCCUGGGGGGAAAGGUGGAGGUGCCAUGUUACUUCUUGGAUAAGAGCCUCAAUGACACUGGAGCCCUGACCGUCGCCACACUCUCCCACCGCAUUAAAUGGACCUACAUCACCAAGGACAAAGUCGACACCAUCUUAGUGGCAUCGCAGGGCAAAGUUGAGGUCAAGCAAGAUUAUUUGGACAGAGCGAUGUUGGCUAACUACCCGCUGUUUCCCACUGAUGCCACCCUGGAAAUGACAGAGCUUAGGUCCAAAGAUUCUGGCAUCUACCGCUGUGAGGUGACACAUGGCAUCGAGCACAACUACGAUACUGUGGAAAUGCAAGUUCAGGGUAUUGUGUUCCACUACCGUGCCAUCUCCACGCGUUACACCUUGACAUUUGAGAAGGCCAAGGCAGCCUGUAUCCAGAACAGUGCCACCAUUGCUACCCUAGCCCAACUGCAGGCUGCAUAUGAUGAUGGAUUCCACCAGUGUGAUGCUGGAUGGCUUUCUGAUCAGACGGUCAGGUACCCCAUCCAUCAUCCACGAGAACCCUGCUACGGAGACAAGAGAGAACUUCCUGGUGUCAGGACCUAUGGGGUGAGAGACGUCAACGAGACCUACGAUGUGUAUUGUUUUGCUGAAAAGAUGCCAGGCAGAGUCUUCUACUCUAUGUCUGUAGAGAAGUUUAGCUUUUACGAGGCAAAAGAUCAGUGUGCUAAACUUGGUGCCAGACUUGCCACCACAGGAGAGCUUUACCUCGCCUGGAAGAAUGGUAUGGACGUGUGUAAUGCUGGCUGGCUGGCAGACAGGAGUGUACGAUACCCUAUCAACAUCGCCAGGCCUCAGUGCGGAGGGGGCCUCCUGGGAGUGAGAACCGUCUACCUGUUCCCCAACCAGACUGGGUACCCCUAUCCAGACGAUCGCCAUGAUGCCAUUUGCUUCCAAGCCGAUGAAGACAAAGAUGCCGUGCCUGGGCAGACCACUCCAUUCCCAUACAUUGUUACCGUGGCGCCUCCUGCUCAGGUGCCGGGCAUCAUCCCUUCAUCUGAAAAAGAAGAGUCCAAAACUGGGGAAGUAGUUACUCUGCCUCCACUACCUAUACCUCCAAGUAUGACAGAUGUAGAUGCCCCUAUGGCUCCGACUGGUGUGGUGUUCCACUAUCGACCCAUUACCGGUCGGUAUACUCUAACGUUUUUGAAGGCUCAGCAGGCUUGCCAGAACAUUGGGGCAGUCAUUGCCAGUCCUCAGCAGCUGCAGGCAGCCUUUGAGAAAGGUCUACAUCAAUGUGACGCCGGCUGGUUAAGCGACCAAACUGUCCGGUAUCCAAUUGUGUCACCCAGAGAAAACUGUGCUGGUAACCUUCUAGACCUCAAAGGAGUCAGAUCCUAUGGCCUGAGACCAGCCACUGAACUCUAUGAUGUAUACUGCUAUGUUGAACGUUUGACAGGUGUGGUCUUCUUCACCACUGACUAUGGCAGAUUCACUUAUGAGGAGGCUGUGCAUCACUGUGAGAAACUUAACGCCACCCUGGCCACUCCUGGGGAGCUCUAUGCUGCCUGGAAUCAAGGACUUGACCAGUGCAGUCCCGGCUGGUUAAUGGACCGCAGUGUCCGCUUCCCUAUCACAACCCCCAGGUCUCACUGUGGAGGCAACCAGGUGGGAGUCCACACCAUCUACACCUACCCCAACCAGACAGGCUUCCCCAGUGAGGACUUGCAAUAUGAUGCCUACUGUUUUAGAGCUGAAGUUCCCGUUGUUUAUGUUAACAAUGAAACCAGUGUAAAUUUGACCACAGUGACUGAGGAUGUUAUCAACAAGACAAUAGCUAUCACUGAUAGCACUGUUGCAACUACUGUAGACUACAAUGAAACUGAAACCAGUACAAACAUUACUGAUAUUGACUUUGUCAAUGAGACCAUCAUCACACCUCAAAAAGUUAUUCCUACAGUCAAAACCAUUCCGGUACCAGUUGAUUUUUCGGGCUCUGGUUCAGCUGAACAUUCAGCCAAUGGAGAUUUCUCUGGAGAGUCUGGCACCUCCACCUCCAGCGGUGAUGGAUCUGGGUCAGAUGUGGAAGUCAAGUUUAGCGGAGACAGUGAUGUCUUCUCUGGAGACCAGUCUACCUCUGGAGAACAACAGGAGGCAGAAAGGGGAAGUGUUGACAUCUUCACAUCUGGAGAACCUGGUAGUGCAUCUGGAGAUCUGGGUAGUGCAUCUGGAUAUCUGGGUAGUGCGUCUGGAGAUCUUGGUAGUGCAUCUGGAUAUCUGGGUAGUGCAUCUGGAGAUCUUGGAAGUGCAUCUGGAGAUCUUGGAAGUGCAUCUGGAGAUCUUGGAAGUGCCUCUGGAGAUCCUGGUAGUCCAUCUGGAGAUCCUGGAAGUGCAUCUGGAGAUCUUGGUAGUGCAUCUGGAGAAACUGGCACGGUAUCUGGAUCUGGGGAGGGGUUUGACAAAGAAUACUCUGGUUUUAUUACAUCUGGAUCAGAUUCUCCCAGUGGAAGUGGGGACACCAGUGGCAGCAGCGGAAACUCCAUAAUAAUCAUGUUAGAUGGAAAGAUGGUGGAAGUUUUACAAACCCAGCAAAAGGCCACCGAGCAGGAACUAGGCCGAGCAGGAUUUGAUAUCUUGGAAUCAAGUGCAUCUGGGUCAGGAGGUAUGUCUGCAUCAGGUUCCCAAGAGUUUUCAGGUCGCAUUGACUUGACGGUCCUACCAUCUCUGGAGAAAGAGUUGUCUGGAUAUCCCAUUGGAUCAGGGUUUCACAGUGGCUUUUCCAGUGGUUUUCCAUCUGGUUUUUCUGGCAGUGGCUCUGCCUCUGGACACUCUUUGCAGCAUCACGAUGAUGUUAUCUACUUAACAGAUGAUGAAAUGGUAGAAAUGACUCUACCAACACUGGCACAACAUCCUGAGCAGGGCAGGGGUGUGGUGGAGAUAAGUGGGCAAGGAAGUGGUUCAGGGAAAAGAAUUUUAGAUCAAAUCUUGCAGCCAUCAGGAAGUGGCACCACUCUGAAUUUGGAGGAACUGCAGAUUUAUUCAGCUUAUGAUCAAUCGGGACAUGAGGAAAAAGUGCAGGAGGGGAGCACACCCUACAUCAGCCCAACCACAGUACCAUCUGUGUCUUUAGUCACUCCUGCUGUUGUGGAGGAGCCAGAAGUGAAGAAAGCUGUGCAGGACUGUCCCGAUGACUGGGUGGAGUUUAUGGGCAGCUGUUACCGGCACUUUACAGGGAGAGACACUUGGGCUGAAGCUGAGAAACACUGUCAGGAACUCAAUGCCCACCUGGUCAGCAUCAGCUCCCAGGAGGAGCAGCAGUUUCUCAUCUCUAACGGUGAGGAAUACCAGUGGAUUGGACUCAGUGACAAAGAUAUGCAGAAUGAGUUCCACUGGACAGACGGGAGUCCCCUGACCUUUGAGAACUGGAGGCCCAACCAACCAGAUAACUACUUUGACUCUGGAGAAGAUUGUGUGGUUAUGAUCUGGCAUGAGGGUGGACAGUGGAAUGACGUGCCCUGCAACUACUACCUUCCCUUCACCUGCAAGACUGGACCCGUCAUGUGUGGCCCUCCCCCUGAGGUGGAACAUGCCCAGCCGAUGGGCAACAUCACGCCACGCAGCCCUGUCAACUCUAUAGUCCGCUACCAGUGUGACGCAGGCUACAAACAGCGCCACCUGCCUGUCAUACGCUGUAUGGAUGACGGACAAUGGACAGAGCCGCAAGUGGAAUGUACAGAAGCUGGUGCCAGCCAUAACAGGCUAAACAAAAGAUCCCUCAGGAGAAGAAGUAAAGGAGUGAGCACCCCGUGGGAGCAGAAACUGCCCUGAGCAGCACUGAAAGGACAUACAACAGAGAGCCACAAAGGACCCCUCGUGUAAAGAAGCAUGGACACCAAUGCAAAUGCCUGACCAAAAAGAUAACAUGCCCUCCCCUACCAUGGAUAUCCACCAACUGAAGCACAUUUAGACUGAUAGUGUAACUAACUGAUGUUUUGGGUCUUUAACAGUCACUCGUCAACUUCUUAAGGCACUUUUCUUUGUAUUUAUAACAUUUAAUUUAUAGCUAUUAUCCGGUAUUUUAAAAAAAAAUCUUAACGCAAAAUAUUUUCUGCAAUGUGCUGCCAGCACUGCAGACAAGGUCAGUCAGAUGAAACUGUCCGUCAGUCAAGAGAGGCUGAAGAAUAACAUGCGAAGUCCAAAACAGCCCAACCAUGUGGUUGACUCUCUGAAGUCAGAUUCAUUGCUAGUAUAGGGUAAGUGUUUUCCAAGAUCUGUGUUUCUUUCCUUUUUCUUUCUUUUUUUGUCUUUGGAUCUAAAGACCGAAUCUGAGUGAUUCUGAGAACUGAAACAAACCUUUUUUUUUUCUUUCAAUCUACAUAUACCAGCAGAGUGAUGAUAAAAUCAUCUGGUUGUGACAGCUGUUCAGAAUGCAGUAAAGUCAUUUCAUCUGAAUUGAGGAGGCUUUGAAAAUUAGAAUUUUUUUUUCUUAAAUAUAAGUAAAGUCUUGGCAACACAUUGGUACAAAAGAACUCAAUUCUUUAAUCCUGUAGACCUGUGGUUCUCAAACUGGAAAACACCUUCUUUAGAAGCCAACAAAGGUUCCACCCCCCCCCCAAAAAAAGUCAGGAUUAUCACACCAGCUAACUCUUGUCUCAUUUUUUCCACACUAAUAUUUUUUUUAAAACAUUUUAAAAUCAAAACAAACAAACAAAACCAAUUAACAAUAAAAAAAAAUUCUUUCAUUUUAGUUUAAAUUCAGUUUGACUAUAGUUUGUCAUCCAUCCAGUGCUGCCAUAAUUUGAAAUCAUCUUUCAAGCCUUAAAUGAUUUUGUCACAACCUCCUCAGUGCUAACACAUCACCACAGCUUCAGAUAUACUGAAAUGAAUGUGCUGUUGUAUUUGGUAACGAGAAAGUUCAUGAUUGAAGUGCAACAAUCCUGGACUGAAACAGCAGGCACUCAUGCACUUUGGAAGUUUUUGCUCAUUUCUUUGCUUAUCAUUUGAAUCCAGUGCGCCUUAAAUUUAAAAAAAAAGAAAAAAAAAGUCACCUCAAAAACAGUGUGACCUGCCAUCUGCUGGUGGAAAAGAUGCUCUCGUUGUCUUUACAGUUGGGUAGAUUUCUUAAAGGCAGUCCGUAACUUCUGUUGUUUUUAAAAAAUAUAUAUUUCUUACUGUAAAUAUUCUCAGCAGAAUUCUCUGAACAGCAGGAUCUGUCAUAACUUACAACGCGCACGCAGUUUAAUUGUUUUGAUUUAUUCAUCAUCUACUUUUUUGUCAGGUUGUUAGUUAGUUAACUGGAAAGUUACACAUAUGCAUCACCAAACACAUGGGCGUUUGACAGCCACCAGUACAGAGGAAGAAACAGGCUGGGUUUUUUUCUUUGGUUUGUUUAUUUUGUGGAGGUUUCUGGCUGUGUGUCAAGUAACAGGGUAUUAUCGACAGACAUUCUUAAAAAGAAUAAAUUAGAAGCAGAAGAAAUUAGGAAAAAUAAUGACAUGUAGGGUUCGUUUUGGGGUGGAUGAAACGAUUCUGAAAUGUUGACCAUGACCUGUGAAGGUCAAGAUUUGCUUCACCUCUGAGACAUUGCAGUUAUUUUAGCGCAUAUGUGACCUUUUACAGACCAGCUCACAAACACUGAAACCUCUUAGUCGCUCAUGGACAGGCAUACAAAAGUAGAUCAUGGAACUCACAAAGCAAACGCUUACACAUUUUUAGUUUUUUUUUUAAUAACAUUCAAUUAUAUGAAUGAAAUCCAUUGAUGCUCCCUCUGUACUGCAGUACUGUACAUAAUAUGUGCAAAGCUCAACCUGAAGAGUGAGUCUGUUUCAGUGUUUGUGAACUACUGGUUCUUCCAACAACUAAAAUAUCUUAAGAAAUAAAGCAAAAUGAUCACAUAGACGUAAAUUCUGCUGUAACUGUUCAGAUCCCAACUUCUGAUGUGAACAUACAGUAUACCGUAAUGUGCUGUACUGAAUAAAACUUGGAAUCAUC